AUGGAGUUAGCCGGGGGGUGUGCAGUCGCAAACCUCGCAGUGGUCGAUUCUGGCCUUAGGAACCUCGUGAAUCCCCUCAACAACGGUCAUUCACCAUCCCUGGCCAAUCACCGUGUCUGUGUUUUGUUCGGCACCUUGGAAACCGGACACACGGGAGUGCGCGCACCUGGGAACAACCGACGAAUGCAACAGUCCACGCCGACGUGCCCCACUUCGCGCUGCAACUUUACCCUUGAAGCACUGAGUUCGUGGCGGUGGUGGUGGUGUAGUGGUUUGGCAGCUGCCAACACGACUUCUAGCACGCGACCUUGGGCGUUUUAUGAGGUGUUAGAAAAACCCAACGACAAGUCGCCGUUUUGA